AUUACUUUUAAUGAUUUUCCAUCACUAUGUGGUGGAUGUGAAACACAGGAGCUAUAGUGUUAUUUCAUGAGAUAAAAGGAAGAUCGCAGUGAGAUUUUACGGCUGCAAAUAAAGCAUUAGUUUUUAAAGGAUCUUUUGGAUUGUAACACUGAGCGAGAGAACCUUGAUGUUCUACAAUGUCUGGACAACAGAUGAAGUUUUGGGACCCGAAAACAUUAAGUGCACAUCUAGCUGCCCGCGGAGUGAGUCCAAGGGGCGUACAAAGUAUCAAAGACAAUGGAAUAACUGGUGAAAUGCUAUUGGAGUUUUGUGAAGAAGACAUUCAUGAUGCUUUUUCUGUUUUCAAGGACCGGUUCAUAGUAAGAAAAACUAUACGUGAAUGUAAAUCGUUGUCAAAACCAACUGGAAUGCAUAAUCCUCAGAUUCUGCAAUCAAAUGCUUUAAGUGUUGGGCAAGGAAACAACACUACAAAGCCUGUGGUUAGUAAGACUUUCACAGCAAGCUCACCACAACCAAACUCAUCUGCGCAUAGUUAUCAAGUGUCUGCUAACGUAAACCAUCCAAGAGCAUACUCUACUUUUCAACCCCCUUACUCUCAACAAAAUUUGCACCACAAUCAGCCAAAGAAAGAAACAUUUCAGAUGCCUAGAGCAUCCGAAGUUAAGUUGGAAAAUGUUCCCAAACUCGGAUGUUCCAGUGCAAGCAGUGGUUCUUCGUUUUCUUCACAUUCAGAUGUCCAUUCUUUCCCUAAGCCAGUCAGAAGUCCUCUUAUGCACCACGUGGUAUCCAGUUCCGUAGAAGAACGUGUGCCUAGAUCUGAUACCAUUAUAAUUCCCACAGGGGAACCAAUCACAAACGUUUCACAAAAUCAAGUUGUUCGAUCUCUUAACAUUAUAACAGCAGAAGAAAAACAAAGGAUCAAAAGAUAUAGUGCAGAAGCUCUCCUGGAGAAAAAGUCUAUCCGCAGCAAACCAAAUGAAGCCCAGCAUUUGGGAUCUCUUGCAAUUCGUAACGCUGCUCAGGUUGCUCAAAUAUGGGACAAUCCACCAGUUCUAAGAGAGAUUCCUAACGAUAAGAGGGAGGUAUUCGUGAAGUCUUUGUUAGCCUUUGCUCCUCAGUUAGCAGACACAAUAGACAUGGUGUGGGUAAGACUGAGAGAAGCUCUUCAGAACAGACGGAAGUACUUGUCGGAUAAAGAAACAGGGAAAAGACAAACAAAGGCAUGUAGAUCUAAUCCGUAUGAGAAGAGGAAGUCUAACAGUCCUGUUUUAUUGAAAGUGACGGAGGCAGGGUCGCUGAUAGACCUUACAGAAACUAAGUAGAUCCAUCAAUAUUCUUUUUUAUAUUGCUGUUGUAUUCCCAAAACAUUAACAUUCUUUCAUGUUUUAGGCUGCAUGGUACAUAUACCACUUCUUAAGUUAAAUUUUCUUACAUUAGUAACUUUAAAUGAGGCACGAUGCACGUGUCAUAACCAGUGCACAUAAACAAUCUUUUGUUGAAACAGUGGUGUAAAUUGUACCGGUCUUUUGGACAUCAUGAUGUUAAUUGUGGUUAUUUCUUGACAAAUAAAGUAAAAAUAGAAAAAUUUCAAACU